GGGGCGGGGAGGGGGCCGCCGGAUCGGGUUGCAGCAGGAGCCUGCGCUCCCAGCCCAGUGCGGACCCUGCGUCCCCGGCUCCCGAGCAGCCAGCGGAGCUCGAGGACGGAGGCAGCGAAGAUCCCUGCAGCGGGCACCGGCGCUCGGCAGCCGCGAUGGGGAGUCGGUGCCCGGCUCCGCAGGGGCGCUGUGCGGGGCCGGCUGCGGGGCCGUGACUGCGCCGCGGAGCCCGACGGGUGAUUAAGGAGCGCACACUGAAAAGGAGACCGAGCCAACCUUCACCUCCGUCCCCAGGGCCUCAGGGAGUUGUUAGUGAUGGGGUGCCUGAAAAGAUCAGCCCAGUUGCUGCUGCAGCUGCUGCUACUUGGGGGCCUAAGGCCAGGGCAGGGCUCUACUGUGCUGGGCACCCUGGAUUUACAGAUAGAUGAGGAGCAGCCAGCUGGCACCAUCAUCGGGGACAUCAGUGCUGGACUGCCCCCCAGCACCACUGCCUACAUGUACUUCAUCUCUGCACAGGAAGGCAGCGGUGUCACCACGGACUUGGAGAUAGAUGAGAACACAGGCAUCAUCAAAACAGCCCGUGUGCUGGACCGAGAGAGCCGGGACCGUUACAGUUUCAUUGCUGUCACCCCUGAGGGCAUCACAGUGGAGGUGAAUGUCCAGGUGAAUGACAUCAAUGACCAUGCACCAGUAUUCCCCAAGCACCACCGCACCUUUCAAAUCCCAGAGCACACCCACAUUGGCAGCAGGUUCCCCCUGGACCCAGCCUUCGAUGCUGACAGUGGCCUGCUGAACACCCAGGGUUAUGUGCUCAAAGGGGAGAAUGUGGGCCAAGCCUUCCGCCUGGAGACCCGCAGGGGCCCCAGUGGGGUCCUGUACUUGGACCUGGUGGUAAGCAACGUCCUGGACCGGGAGAACUGCUCGUCGUAUUCCCUGCUGCUGGAGGCCUAUGAUGGCGGCUCCCCUCCCCGGAGCACUCAGAUGAGUUUGGAUGUGGCCAUACAGGACAUCAACGACAAUGCACCUGCCUUCAACCAGAGCCGCUACCACACCCUCAUCUCUGAGAACUUGAAGCCAGGCAGCAGCAUCCUGCAGGUCUUUGCCUCUGAUGCAGAUGAGGGUGACAACGGGGCUGUGGUGUAUGAGAUCAACCGUCGGCAGAGUGACCCUGAUCAGUACUUCACCAUCGACUCCAGGACGGGUGUCAUCAAGCUCAACAAGGGGCUGGACUAUGAGAUGAGGAAGGUGCAUGAGCUGGUGGUGCAGGCACGGGACAAGGCCAUGCACCCAGAAGUCACCACAGCCUUUGUCACCAUCCACGUGCGCGACUACAAUGACAACCAGCCCACCAUGACCAUCAUCUUCCUGAGCGAGGACGGCUCACCACAGAUCUCCGAGGGUGCCCAGCCCGGCCAGUACGUGGCACGCAUCUCUGUCUCGGACCCCGACUAUGGUGAGUAUUCCAAUGUCAAUGUCUCCCUGGAGGGGGGAGAUGGCAAAUUUGCCCUCACCACCAAGGACAAUAUCAUCUACUUGAUCUGUGUGGACCAGCUGCUGGAUCGGGAGGAGAGAGACUCCUAUGACCUGCGGGUGACGGCCACUGACUCAGGGACCCCUCCGCUGCGGGCAGAGUCGGCCUUUGUGCUGCAGGUGAUGGAUGUCAAUGACAACCCACCACUCUUUGACCAGCAGGAAUACAAGCAGAGCAUCCCCGAGGUGGUGUACCCAGGCAGCUUUGUCCUGCAGGUGACAGCCCGUGACAAGGACCAGGGUCCCAAUGGGGAGGUACGGUACAGCAUCCUACACAGUCAGGACACCCACUCCAACUGGUUUACCAUCGACCCAGCCACAGGCAUCAUCACCACUGCUGCCUCCCUGGAUUAUGAGAAGGACCCUCAGCCCCAGCUGACGGUGCUGGCCACGGACAGAGGGACACCUGUCCUCUCCUCCACGGCCGUGGUGCACGUGGCCCUGCAGGACAUCAACGAUAAUGAGCCUGUGUUCAGGAGCAACUUCUACAAUAUAUCCCUGAAGGAGAACACACCCGCUGGGACCUGCUUCCUACAGAUCACGGCCACAGAUGCAGACAGUGGUCCCUUCGGCUCCCUCUCCUACUCCAUCGGCUCUGGCAUUGGCAGCGUUGUCCCCACACAGUUCAGCAUUGAUGAGCACACUGGGCAGCUGUGCACGGUGCAGGACCUGGACCGCGACGAGGGGGCUACUGCCUAUGACUUCACUGUCACUGCUGUCGAUGGGGGCGGUCUGAACUCCAUGGUGUACGUGAAGGUUUUCUUGGAGGAUGUGAACGAUAACCGUCCGGCAUUCUACCCACUGGAGUACGCGGCCAGCAUCAGUACACAGAGCAUGCCGGGCACUGCCGUGCUGCGUGUCAUGGCCCACGACAAGGACGAGGGCCCCCACGGGAAGGUGACGUACCACAUUGUCUCGGGGAACUCGCCCCCUCUCUUCUCUCUGCACAAGGACACAGGUGUUGUCUCCCUCUCAUGGUCCCUGAGUGGCAAAGCCAACACGCUGGUGCAGCUGGUGAUCUCAGCACGGGAUGGGGGGGGCCUGUCAGCCCAACCCAACGCCCAAGUGAACAUCAGCAUCGUGGCUGGCACAGUCUCGCCCCCUGUCUUUGAGCAGGCACAGUACUUCUUCACAGUGCCUGAGGACACGCAGCAGGGGGCGAGUGUUGGGGCUGUCCGGGCCCAUAACCCCCCAGGUCACUCUGAUGACAUCUUUUAUUCCAUCUCCUCGGGAGAUCCCCAUGGUUAUUUCUUCAUUGACUCCAGCUUGGGACAGCUCCGCACCAGCCUCCCUAUUGACCAUGAGGUCCAGGCGGUUCUGGUUCUGGACGUGCAGGCCCGGAGUGGCUCACCGCCUGCCUACAGCAACACACAGGUGAAGAUUUCUGUGUCAGACGUGAAUGACAAUGCCCCAGCCUUCCUGGCCCCUUCUGACUCCAUCCUGCUGCCAGAGGCCACAGAGGUGGGGGCCACUGUCUACACGCUGCAGGCGGAGGAUCGUGACAGUGGUUCCAACGGGCAGGUGCAUUUUGAGCUGGUGUCAGGUGGGGACGGCAUCUUCAGCGUGGAGCGCUCCUCUGGGACAGUGCGUCUGGUGAGGGCACUGCAGUACGAAGCCAGUGCCGCCUAUGGCCUAGCCAUAGUGGCCCGGGACAGCGGUGUGCCCCAGCUCAGUGCCACUUUCACCCUGCUGGUGCACGUGCAGGCAGAGCACGACCACGGGCCCAUCUUUGACACACUCACCUACCGUGUGGAGGUGCGGGAGGGCACGCCUGUCUCCACUCGCUUCCUGCAGGUGCGGGCCCUGGGCCGGGAUGCUGGUGCCACGCCCCUCACUUACCACCUGCGUGCCGAUGGCGACGCCGCUAACUUUGGCAUCGUGCCCGAGAGCGGCUGGCUCUACAUCAAGAGUGCAUUGGACCGGGAGACGCGGGACCUGUACAUGCUGACAGUGCUAGCAUCUGCAGGGGCAGGCAGCACCAGCAGUGAGGCCAGGAAGACGGGCACCAGCACAGUGCGGGUCAGCAUCACUGACGAGAAUGACAACAGCCCCCGGCUCAGCGAGGAGCGCUACUUCUUCACCAUUCCCGAGAACCAGCCACCGGGCAGCAGGGUGGGCAGGGUGACAGCCAGUGACCGGGACACAGGGCAGAACAGCCGCCUCACCUACCGCCUCCUCCAGCAUGACCCCAACUUCCUCAUUCACAUGCAGUCUGGAGAGCUCACUGCCAAGCGCAGCCUGGACCGGGAGCAGCAGUCAAGCUAUCAGCUGCUGGUGAUCGUGCAGGAUGGGGGGACGCCACCACGCAGCGUCACGGGCACCGUCUAUGUCACCGUGUUGGAUGAGAAUGACAAUGUGCCAGCUUUCCUUCAUGUGCUGGGCGGGCGGGAGCUCCUGGUGCAGGUGCUGGAGGAGAAGCCCUCAGGGCUGCUGGUCACCUCCCUUCAGGCCAAGGACCCAGACGAGGGUGAGAAUGGGACCAUCUUCUACUCACUAACAGGGGCUUGGGCCGAGCGCUUCACGCUGCAUACGGCCACGGGGGAGCUGCGUACAGCCACCGUGCUGCGCCGAACCGACCGGGCCGAGUACAUCUUCACUGUGACGGCCAGUGACCGAGGCACAGUGCCCUGCAGCACAGCAGCCACUGUCCGCAUCCAGGUACUGCCAUCCUCCCGGGUGCUGCCACAGCCAGAUGCCACUGUGCUUACACUGCACCCGGUGGAAGGGGUCAGACCUGGCUCAGUGAUUGGCUCGGUGGCGCCGCCUGAGGCCUCUGCACAGGGGCAUCUGACUUACACCCUGCUGGGAGGAGGUGGAGACGGCACCUUUGUGGUGGACAGCGUGACGGGGGAGAUCUACGCGGCACGGGAGCUGGACUAUGAGUUGGGGGCACAGCACACGCUGCACGUCAGCGCCGAGGACACACAGCGCGGCUACCCUGCCAGCCGGCUGGUGCUGGUGCAGAUCCAUGUGCAGGACUGUAAUGACCAGGCGCCUGCCUUCCCCGAGGACCCCAUCACUAUUGUGGUGCCCGAGAACACCCAGAUCGGUGCCUCCAUCUUCACCUUCCAGGCCCCAGAUGGAGACGGUGCUGGCCCCAACAGCCAGGUGUGCUACAGGCUGCUGCACCAGGAGCCCCCCGGCUCCCACUUCCAGCUGGAUGCCCACUCUGGGCUGCUGAGCCUCCAGCAGGGGCUGGACCGCGAGGCUGCCCCCUCCUUUCUGCUGGUGGUGGAGGCCACAGACCAGGCCCGCAACAUCAGCCAGCGCCGCUCCGCUGCCGUCACUGCCCGUGUCUUUGUGACAGAUGAGAACGACAACAUGCCCGUCUUCCUCUCACCAGCCACCGUUAGCGUCAUGGAGGACCAGCCCACUGGCUUCAUGGUGCUGCAUGUGGUGGCGCGGGAUGGGGACCUGGGCGAAAAUGGGCGGGUGAGCUACACGCUGCAGGCAGGCAACGCCGAGGGCCGAUUCCACCUCAACCCCAGCACAGGUGCCCUCUCCAUUGUGCGGACUCUGAACCGGGAGGAGAUAUCCCAGCACAACCUGACAGUGGUGGCCAUGGACCAUGGCUUCCCGCGCCGCUCGUCCACACAGCUGCUGACUGUGCUGGUGCUGGACGUUAAUGAUGAGGCACCUGCCUUCGAGAGGGCUGAGUAUGAGGCCAGUGUCAUGGAGAAUCUGCCAGCAGGCAGCCCCGUGCUGCAGCUGCUGGCCACAGACUGCGACCUGGGGGCCAAUGGGCAUGUGUCAUAUGGGGGCCUCUCUGGGGGUCCCUUCUCCAUCCACCCACAGACUGGGCUUGUCACCACCAUGCGCUCCCUGGACCGGGAGAGGCGGGAGCAGCACAUGCUAACAGUCUAUGCUCAGGAUGGUGGCCUGCCCCCCAACCUGGCCAAAGUGACAGUGCGGAUCUUGGUGGGAGAUGAAAACGACCAUGCCCCGCGCUUCGAGAGCAAGUCCUGCUCCUUGGAGGUGCCCGAGAACCAGAGCCGCGUGGCGCUCUACACUCUGCGGGCCACAGACUUGGAUGCGGGCGAGAAUGGGCGUCUGGAGUACCAUGUGAUGGAUGGAGACCCUGCCCAGGAUUUCAGCCUGGACCCUGCUUCCGGUGUGUUCUCCACCUCGCGCAGCCUGGACCGAGAGCUGGUGGCCUCUUACCGUCUGACUGUGGUGGCACGAGACCACGGCACACCCCAGCGCAGUGCCACCAUGUCUCUGAAUGUGCGGGUGCUGGAUCUCAAUGACAAUGCACCGCACUUUGCGCAGGCAGCCUACACUGUGGAGGUGCCUGAGGACCUGGCUGUCGGGGCACUGGUCCUGCAGCUGGUGGCACUGGACCCGGAUGAGGGCACCAACGGGCAGGUCUCCUACUACCUGGGCAAUGAGUCGCUGGGCAUGUUCCAGGUGGAACCACAGAGCGGGCUCAUCACCAGUGCCCAGGCCUUGGAUCGUGAGCGCCGCCCGAUUUACAGCUUCCUGGCCAAAGCCGUGGACUCGGCACCCUGGGAGCCCAAGAGCGCAGUCGUGCGUGUCACAGUCGUCGUGCGGGACGUCAACGACCAUGCACCUGCCUUCCUGUACAGCCCACUCUCCGUCAAUCUCUCCCGCCACACGCCACCUAAGCAGGUGGUGGCCACUAUGCGGGCUGAGGACAAAGACGCAGGUGCCAACGCCUCCAUUCUGUACCGGUUUGCCACACACAACCCCAGCUUCGCCAUCAAUUCCUACACUGGCGCCAUCCAGUUGCUGCAGCCCCUAGGCUCUCUCAGCCAGCGCCAGCGCACUCUUUUCAUCCUGGCCACCGACUUGGGCCAACCAGCCCUCUCCUCCACCGGCGUGGUGGUGAUCUACCUGCAGGAAGAGAGCUACCAGGGCGUGCGCUUCCCCCGCAGCACCAGAGACGUAGCCAUACCUGAGAAUGCCGCCACAGGCACCGUGGUGGUGAGCAUCCAGGCCAUGCACGCAGGGGGCUCCUCGGGACACAUCACCUACAGCAUCGUGAGUGGCAAUGAAAAGAAUGCUUUCCGCAUCCAGCCCAGCUCAGGUGCCAUCUCAGUGCAGGACUCCAGCAGCCUGGACUUCGAGUCAAGCCCUCGGCUGCGCCUCGUGGUUCAAGCAGAGACUGCCGCCUCCUUUGGCUUCAUGGCAGUGAACCUCAACCUGCAGGAUGUGAACGACAACUUGCCACGCUUCCAGCUGCAGAACUACGUGGCCUUUAUCUGGGAGUCACAGAGCUACGACUCCCCCGUCAUACAGGUUCUGGCUGACGACCCAGAUCAGGGUGCAAAUGGUCAGGUGACCUACGCCAUCAACCAGUCGCUGCCCAUGAACGGGCUGUACCACAUUGAUGCCCAGAUGGGGACCAUCACCACUGCAGCCAUUCUGGACAGGGAGAUCUGGCCACAGACUCGGCUGGUGGUGACAGCGAUGGACAGAGGGAACCCGCCCCUCAUCGGCUCAGCCACGCUGACCGUGGUGGUGAUGGACAUCAAUGAUAACAGCCCCACCAUCCCUUUGCCCUGGGAGGUGCGGGUGCCUGAGAACACCCUGCUGGGCACUGAGAUCACCCAGGUGACAGGGAACGACGUGGACUCAGGCCCAGCACUCUCCUACACGCUGGUGCCGGAUGGAGGAACAGCAGGAACCUUCAGCAUCCUGCGCUAUGGAGGCCGCAUCGCCCUAACAGCCCCACUGGACUACGAGCAGUGCAGCCACUACGUCCUGAGCAUCCGCUCCUCUGACUCCCGGCACGAGACCGAGGCCAAUCUCACUGUCAUUGUGGAAGACAUCAACGACAACGCGCCGAUCUUCAGCCAGGGCCUCUACCAGGUGACAUUGCUGGAGCACACGCCGGCAGGCAGCACCAUCCUCACCGUCAGUGCCACGGACAGGGACUCUGGCAGCAAUGGGGAGCUCACCUAUCGCCUGGCUGUGCCCAGCUCCGAUGUCUCCAUCAACCCCAGCAACGGAACGCUGUUCACCUCCCGCCAGGUGGAGCUGGAUGCAAACCAGCCCACGCUGGACCUGGUGGUGGAGGUGUGUGACCAUGGCUCUCCCAGCCUCUCGGCCUGGACCACAGUGCAGAUCCAGGUGCUGGACGUGAAUGACCACAGCCCCACCUUCCAGCAGGCGCAUUACAAUGCCUGUGUCCCUGAGGACCUGCACCCGGGCACCACCGUGCUGACGCUAGAGGCAGGUGACGCUGACCUGUCCCGGGAGAACGCCGGCUUUGACUACACCAUCAUCAGUGGCAACAGUGGCAAUGCCUUCCAGGUGGAGAGCCACGUGGGCUGGUCUCGGGGGCACCUGCGCACGCAGGGAUCCGUGGUGCUGGUGGAGGCGCUAGACUUCGAAGCCAUCCCCAUUUACAAUUUGACAGUGGCAGCCUCGGACCGGGGUGUGCCGCAGCGCAGCACCACCGUGCCAGUGCUUGUCACUGUGCUGGAUGUCAACGACAACCCGCCAGUCUUUGCCCGGGCCGAGUACCACACAGCCGUGAGCGAGAGUACCCCCCCGGGCACCGAGCUGCUGCGGCUGGCAGCCCACGACGCCGACUCGGGCCCCUAUGGCCAGGUGCACUACAGCAUCAGCUCCGGGGAUCAGUGCGGGCUCUUCCAGCUGCAUGAGGCCACAGGCGCCCUGCGCCUGGCACAGCCCCUAGACCGAGAGACCCAGGCCCUGCACAGCCUGGUGGUGCAGGCGUCUGAUGGCCCCGGCGGGCAUUUCACGCUGGUGCCCAUCACCAUUGAAGUGAAGGACAUCAAUGACAACACACCCUACUUCCCGGUGGAGACGCUGAGCACGAGCGUGCAGGAGAAUCUGCCACCAGGCACCCUGGUCACCACUCUGCAUGCUAUCGACGCCGACACCGGGACUUUCGGAGAGCUGCACUACGCUGUGCUGGAGCAGGCAGUGGGGGAGCUGGGAGCCCCUGAGGGCAGGGAUGUCUUCUUCAUUAACCGCUCUUCCGGGGAGCUACGCUCCCGUCUCGCCUUUGACUACGAGCGCACCAAGGCCUUCCAACUGCUGGUGCAGGCCACGGAUGCUGGCAACGCCUCAGCCACCGUCACCGUGCGGGUGCUGGUGACCGGCGAGGAUGAGUACAGUCCUGUCUUCCUGAGCCCGGACUUCAGCUUCGAGGUGCCUGAGGGUGCCCACAAGGGCCAGAGCAUUGGCCGGGUGUUGGCCACUGACGAGGACGAGGGUGUGGACGGCGUGGUGCUCUACUCUUUAGCUAAGCCCUCACCAUACUUCGGGGUCAACCAGACCACCGGCACCAUCUACCUGCGCGUGGACAGCCAGCCAGAGCCAGCAGGGCGCCCCAAGCGGGAGCCACGAGAGAUGAGCCUGGAGGUGCAGGCCCGCAGCCCCCUGCCUUCCUCCCGCUCGGCCUCUGCUCAGGUCUCCAUUGACAUCACCCACACCUCCUUCGGCCUGGCUCCGGACCUCAACUUGCUGCUGGUGGUAGCUGUGGCUGCCUCCCUGGGCGUGGUGGUGGUGCUGGCCGCCGUGGCCAUCGUCCUGGUGCUGGUCCGCUCCCGGCACCAACAGGGACACAAGAAGCCAGAGCAGGACUCGCAGCUCAACCGCAUGCAGAGUGGCUCCUUGCAGAAGCUAGGCCAUGAGGAGCCAGUGCUUCCCGGCAGUGACCGCAUCUACCACCAGGCCCUGCCAGGCUAUGGCAGUGAGUCAGCCGGACCCUACCCGCGGGGUGGCUCCCUGGACCCCUCUCACUCCAGCGGGCGUGGCUCAGCCGAGGCAGCCGAGGACGAUGAGAUCCGGAUGAUUAACGAAUACCCACGUGUGGCCAGCGUCACCUCCUCCAUGCAGGAGCACAUCUCAGCCCGCGGUCCCGACUCGGGCAUCCAGCAGGACGCCGACCAGCUCUCUGACAUCUCCUGUGAGCCCACCACUCUAGAGAGCGCCCAGUGGUUCAAGACCAAGAAGGGCUCCAGCCUGCUGCUGCCUGGGCAGCCGCCCCAGCUCUACCGCGACGAAGGGGGCAGUAGCACCUUCCUGGGCGUGGGCUGCGGCCUGAGCGUCUCCUCCCACCCCAAGGACUACACCUUCCCCGAGGACGGCAAGCCCUCUGUGGAGGGCUCCCUCACCGCCGUCGUGGCUAGCGAGGAGGAGCUCCGUGGCAGCUACAACUGGGAUUACCUGCUGAACUGGUGCCCCCAGUUCCAGCCCCUGGCCAGCGUCUUCACCGAGAUUGCCCGGCUCAAGGAUGAGAGCUCCCUGCGCAAGCCCUUCCAAGCCAAGCCCAAGGCAGAGCCCAAGCCCCGCAUUGAUCCGCCGCCCCUUAUCACCUCGGUGGCCCAUCCCGGGGCCAAGUCAGUGCCCCCCAAGCCAGCAGUGGGCAGGACCUUCCCACACCUGUCUUCCCUGCGCCGCUCACCCAUCAGCCACGAGGGGUCCAUCUCCUCCUCGGCCAUGUCGCCCAGCUUCUCGCCCUCGCUGUCCCCGCUGGCUGCCCGCUCCCCCGUGGUGUCGCCUUUUGGUGUCUCCCAGGGGCCCUCAGCCUCUGUCAUCAGCGCCGAGCACUCGCUGGAGCUCCCUGAGGAAGCUGAGCUCAGGAUUUAGCCCCACGCUCCCAUGGACUCUCAGCCCCUCCUGCUAUUCUCUGCAGCCUCCAGGUGCGGCGGGGGCGGAAGAGCUGGAUCUGCCACCCCCACAGGCUGCUUCAUUCUCAGACCCCAGCAGGUUGCUGCUUCUGGUUCCAGUCCCUCCACAUGGGCUGCCAGUUCCACUACUAAUUUCACCGCCCCGAUAGGUUGCUUGUGGUGGUGCUGGUCCCACUGCCUCGAAUGGCUGCCGGUUCUGGUGCUGGUGCCAGUGCCUCCAUUAGUGUCAGACCUGCUCUUUCAUGGUACUGUUUGCCCUGAGUGGUGGGGGCGGGGGGCGAAGGGGUGUCCUCGCCACCCCUGUGAUGGCCAUGGCCGCUCGUGACCUCAUUCCUCCGGUCCUGUGGGCCAAGCUGCCCAGCCGGGAGUGGCAGCAGCUGUACCUGCCUGGGACGUAGUUUGGGGGGCCAGACUGUGAGCUAGAGGCCGGGAAAGCACUUGGUGAAGGUUUCUGGGGUGGGGACACAUUCCAAAGGGGUGGGGGGAGCAUGGGCCAGCAUACCAGACAUCAUGCCAUGCACAUGGACAGAGCUCACUCUGCCACACGGAGCUGGCUGUCUCCCACUCCCCAUCACCUCCACCUUGUAGGCCCAUCCAUGAGGGCUGAUCCUAUUCCCUGCAGACCUACCAAGACCCAGAAGAAAUCCCAUUCCCUGCAGGCCUGUCCAGCCCCAGAAUGGGGGGAAAUCUGGAUACAGGGCAGGGAAACAGGACACAGGGGGAUCUGGGGGAUGGGAUACACUACACCGCAGGUCUGGCCUAACACAGGGUGGAGGGUCCUAUUCCCACAGACCCCUCCAGACACAGUGGGGAACAGAUCCUGUUCCCUGCAGUCUUGCCAGGGGGAAGGAGGGAGGGAAUCCUGUUCCCUGCCGCCCCAUCCAGUCCCCAAGGCAGGGGAUCCUGUUCCCUGCAGACCCAUCGAGACCCCAGGGGGGAUCCUGUUCCCUGCCACCCCAUCCAGACCCAGGGAAGGAAUUCCAUUCCCUGCAGGCUCGUCUGGCUCCGGGGGGCAGAUCUGGUUCCCCACAGAUCAUCCACACCAGGAGCUUCCCAGCUCAUUGAUUCUGUUUUUUGCUGCUGAGACAAGCUGCAUGGAGGAAGCAGCUUUAGGAGGGCCAGAGACCCUGAGGGCUGCCACAGAACCACGCCUGUUCCAUAGGCAUGUCCUGAUUCCCAGCCACUUCACCCCUUGGGCAUCACCUGUACCAGGGCCAGAGACAUGCUUGGGCCCCUCCCAUGACUGAGCCGGUCCUGUGGCCCCUGGAGAGACAAGGCAGAUGGAGACAGCAUGGACCGCACCUGGGGCUUUCAGCAGCUGUAAGCCCCACCUGGGUGUGUUGCUGCACUUUCUCUUUCGGCCGCAAGACAGCAUCCAAAAGAGCCCGGCGCCCCCCAGUCUGUGCAGCCACAGUGCCCCCUUCCCCAGGCAGGGGCAGGUCUGUGCAGCCAUGAGGACCUCUUCCCCAGCCAAGGUGGGUCUGUGCAGCCAUGAGGACCCCUUCCCCAGGCAGGGGCAGGUCUGUGCAGCCAUGAGGACCCCUUCCCCAGGCAGGGGCAGGUCUGUGCAGCCAUGAGGACCCCUUCUCCAGGCAGGGGCAGGUCUAUGUAGCCAUGAGGACCCCUUCCCCAGCCAGGGUGGGUCUGUGCAGCCAUGAUGCCGUAUCCAGGGAAGGGCCUGUGUUGCUGCAAUGCCCUGCUGGUGGAGAGGUGGGGGCAGAGGGGGUCUGUGCAGCCACGAUGCCCCCUCCCCCACUUGAGGGGGGGUCUGUGCAGUUGAAAGACACUCCCUGCCCGUCUGCCCUUGGGCUGGGGUCCCUGCAUCCAGGGCCUCCACUGUAGGAGCCCCAUAUUCCCCUGUGGGAGGGGUGGACAAUUGGUUGUGGCUGCUCAUCUCCCCUCCGUGUGGUGCUGUGAGCAUGGCACGGGUACAUGCUCCCAUGGGGGUUGGUCCCCACCCUCCUGCUGCCACCCGUGUCUCGCUGCAACCCGUCUUGGUGCCCCAGUGUCACUCUCACAUGCUCAGCCCUGGCACCAGAAUGUCUUGCACAACCCUGUGUCUUGCACAAGCCUGGGCCCUGGGGCUGCACCGACUGGAAUUGGACACACGCUGCGAGAGACAGGCAGCAUGCUCCCCUGCCAUCCAGCACCAUGCACAGUACCAAGGCCGGGUCCAGGACCCCUGAGGGGAUGACAGAGGCUCUCCAUCCUGCCCAGCUACGUUUGGGGGGCUACAUCUGUCUGUUCGCUUCCAUCCACCAGGCUGCAGCAAUAACCCGACAGCGGGGCUAGCACCUGGGCGCACAAAGCCAUCAGAUGCUGGGCUGACAGGGUGAGGCGGGGACAGAGCCGCGCAGGGUGCAGCAGAUGUGAACAGGCUGUUGCGGGGGGAGGGUGCAGCCACCUGAGGUGUGACUUGGUGGGUGUGGUUGUGGGAGGGUGCAGCAGGGGAGUGGGUGUGGCUGGGGACAGGUGGGUAUAUAACAGCAGGGGAUAGAGUGCCCCUUCCCCCAGCUGUGGGAGAAAAACUUUGUGGUUUGAUUGUGAAAGUUUCAUGCUGGAAUUUUGUGGCUCAGCCCUGCCCCUCUCCCUCCAUCAGUCCUGCCCCCCACCUCUCUGCGCUCAGCCGCCCCCCCUUUGGCCCCACCCGUCUGUGCUCAGCCCCCUCCAUCAGUUCAGCUUAGUCACCUUGAGCUGCUUUCCCCAGUGCUCGUUGGGCAUUUCAUCCCAAGUGUGGUUCUCUAGCACCCUCACUUAUCCUGGGACAGGGACAUGCAGGAGUACCCGGGGGUGGGGAGAGCCUGGGGUUGGUGGUGACAUGGGGGGUAGGAACCAAGGGGCAGGGUAGUGACCCGGGGGGGGGCUGCGGUGACAUGGGGGGUGGCCCAGAGGGGGUGCGGUGACAUGGGGAGAGCCUGUGGCAGGGGUUGACGUCUCCUGGGAAGACGGAACAGAAGCUGCAGUGCAGGGCACUUGCUAAGGUGCAAUGCUCCCCUGGCCGCAACAGAACUAAGGGGCUACAGCCCCGGAGCUGGGGCCCUGCCACGCGAUCCCCUGUCCCAGGCAGGGCUGGGCUGUGUUCCUGGGGAAGCAGGAGUGGACAGGGGCAGUGGCCCAGAGAAUUCUCUGCCCAGCCCAGGACUAGGGUAUCCCUGUGCCCCUCCCACUGGGAUCUGAAGGGCUUGUCCACACUCUGCCCCUAAUGCAGCCCUAAAGUAGGUAACAGGCUGCAAGGGGCUCCUGCCCAAGAGAUCUGUCUCCCCAGUGACUGCUGGGUCCCUCACACUAACCCCAAUGUGUGUCAAGCGAGGACAUGGAUAGUUGUAGCACAGCUCCCAAUAUGGGGGGGAGGACACACCUGCAUCGCUGAUGGCAACAUGGGGGUGGGGAACAGACGCAUAUGUGCAGCACGGAGUGCAGUAUGGGGAGGGAAUGGACAGGUAUGUGCCCUGCUGCUGACUGCAGUAUUGCUGGGGGUCGGGGGGGGAAUGGACACAUACAUGCACCACUGAGCGUAGUAUGCGGGGGGGUAGGCAUGUACUUGCACUGCUGCUGAGCGCAGUAUGGGGGGGGAUGGACACAAACGGGCACUGCUGAGCGCAGUAUGCGGGGGGAUGGACAUGAACGGGCACCGCUGGGCACAGUAUGGGGGGGGAUGGACAUGAACGGGCACUGCUGAGCACAGAAUAGGGGGGGAUGGACAUGAAGGGGCACCGCUGGGCACAGUAUGGGGGGGGAUGGACAUGAACGGGCACUGCUGAGCACAGAAUGGGGGGGGAUGGACAUGAACGGGCACCGCUGGGCGCAGUAUGGGGGGGAUGGACAUGAACGGGCACUGCUGAGCACAGAAUGGGGGGGGAUGGACAUGAACGGGCACCGCUGGGCGCAGUAUGGGGGGGAUGGACACGAAUGGGCACCGCUGAGCACAGUAUGGGGGCUGUGCAGCUGACCACAUCAGGAGCUGCGGCUCCAGUUAUUUAUUUUUACACUUUGUACUAAGCGGUUCUGUUUUCUACUUUGUUUGUAGCCUUUUGUAUCGUGUCCGCGCUGAACUGCAUGUAUUGGGCCCUGCUCGCCUGCCCACGACCCCGGGCUGCUCCAGCAUGGCCCGGACCCAAGUGCCAAUUUCUCAAAGAAAUGCCUUAAUAAACCACAUGUGUUUGUACAGAGAUGUGCCACCCUCAAUGCUGUAGGCAGAACCGAUGGGGUGAGCCCGGCUUCCAGCCACAGCACAAAAGAAAGCCAGUCUCAGUGGCCAAGCCAAGGGCACAGCUACGAGCCAAAGGCCCAGGGAGAAACAGGGACCACUACUAGCUACGGGAGCGAGACCCCUGACACCCGAUGCCCAUGGGGAGGGCUAGAGGGCAUUGCCUGCCUGGCAGCUGAGACAGACCCUGGGCUGAAAGACAGCAAAUGUGGCUGGCCACUGGGGGGAGGAGGGGGCCCAGGCCCCCACACUUUUGCCAUCCACAGGCAGGUGGGGAAGGGGCAGCUCUGGUUUCAGUUGUGAAGGGGGGGCCUGGACGCUGCAAGGGUCAAUCUGAGCAAGGCACCCGGCUGGCUGCUCACUAGGCCCUGAAGCUGAAGCCUCACUCUGGCCUUUCUCCCUCACAAGGGAUGGGACUGGGCAGGGUCCUGUCACACUGGGAGAGGACAGGCCCCCUCCCCUGGACCCCGCGUUACCUUCUCCCGCAGCACAGACUGAGAGCAGCAGGCUUGACACAUUGCAGGUGGGUGCACACACACUCACCUCUGUGUGUUCAUCUGCUUAUUGGGGGGGGGGAAAUCAGUGUGAGUGUGCACAGGCCUGAGUAUGUGGGUGUGCCCUCAUCUGUGUAUGCACACAUCUUUGUGCAUGCAGGUGCAGGGUGUGCAGACAUGCAUAAGCUUAUAGGGGGAGUGUAUAUAGUGAGUGUGCAUGUGCACAUCAGUGUGUGUGUAUAUGUGUGUACACUCAUCUGCAGGUGUGUAUACGCACACAGCAGCUCAUAUGCCUCUAUGUGUCUGUGUUUGCAUGUGCGCGUGCCCUUUAUCCAUGUGUCUGUGUGCGUGUGCAGCAGUGUCAAGCUGUGCUCAUCUCUGGCUCCCAUCCUCCUCCCCCGCACCAGCAGGCCAGCUAAAUACUAGGCGCACUCGCGCGGUGUAGGAAGGCUCAGACUGAGACUCUCCAUGAGGUUUCAUGGCUGAGGCUGUGACGGUGGUUGGAAACUGCUAUAACCGCUCCUCCCCAGGCAGUACCUGAAACAAAGUCCCAGGGGACUCCAGUGUUUCAGGGCAUGGGGUGGGGGGCUCAGUAGGAGGCCCUGCCCCAUGAGUGCUGACCCCAAUGCCCUAGCAUGGCACUAGGGAACACUGUGUUGCAGGGGACAGUAGGGGGCAUUCACCCUUCCCAGUCAAUGCCGACCCCCAGUGCCCAAUCAGGGUGCUAGGGGUCCCUGUACUGCUGGAAUCUAUGCCUCAGACCAUCUCCUGAUUAAGAUACCGGAGGCUAAAUUACCAGGGUAAAUCAGAAAUUACACGUUUCCGCCUUUACUCCUGGGGGGAUUCUGCGCCAAAAAAUUCAAAAUUCUGCAUAUUUUAUUUGUCAAAAUGAUGCAAUAUAAUCACACCAGUUUCAAUUGUUUUGGUAAUUUAUUUAAACUACAAUACAGAAAAAAGUCACAAUAAGUAUUCAUCAUUUCCUAAAAACAUGAAAGUGAAAUUACAAACGCUUGGUAACUAAUACCCUGCCUUCCAGUUAUAAUCCUGGAUUUUCAUUUGAAUUACAUUACAGAACACCAAACAG